CUUAGCAAUACCAAUUCUCCAUCACUACACCAACUCAAACUAUACACCAAUAAAUAAUAAAAAUUUAGAUUUCAACGCCGAGCUCUUCCAAGCUACUAAUCCACAUGUGACCUUGCUAGGGGCGUAAUACUCAAUCUCCCAUACGCAUUUUCUCUAUAUAUAGAGUCACCUCAACUGUUAUGACACAAUACUCCCCUGUUUAGUUCAGCUCGUUACAUACGAAUUCACAUUCAGAACACUAGUGCAUAGCUCUUUGGUUCUCAUUUCAGGAUCACGAAAAUGUUUGGAGAACGUCACCAAGCUUAUGGUGAGGUGGUGCCUCCUCACGCGCCUUAUGGUUAUGGAACGGCUCAUCUCCCACAGGGAGACACUGUGAAGAUCUACUGUGAGGCUAAUCCUGACUACUACCUUGCCAUCUUUAAUGGCCAGGUGGCCAUGGCACCUGCUAAUGAGUCUGACCUAAAUCAGCAAUGGAUCAUGGACACUUCAUGGAGCGUGAAGGCCAAGGAUGAAGCAGGAUUCCCUGCAUUUGCCUUGGUGAACAAGGCUACUGGCCAGGCUCUAAGGCAUGGACGUGCAGAGAAAGAAAGGGUUACCUUGGGUCCAUACCACGCUGAUGAUUUGAAUGAGGCUGUUCUGUUUACCCAGAGUGCCGAUGUGGGUAAGGGUUAUCAGUGCAUCAGGCCGGUGAACGACAUUAGCCUCAAUCUUGAUGCCAAGGUCGACGAUGAUAAACAUCACGGCGGCCUUCAUGAAGGGGCAGAGGUUGCUCUGUUCAAAUGGAACAAGAAGGAGAAUCAGAAAUGGAAGAUCACUCCCAUCUUGAGCUCAUCUGGAGGAGGAUAUGGAUCUGGUUCUUUGUACCCUCCUGUUAAUGAGGAGGAGCUUCAAGGUCACGCUGUUAGGAUUUAUUGUGAAGCUAAUCCAGAGUUUUUCAUGGCUGCCCGAGGUCAUGUUGCAGUGCUUUCUCUAGGAAGCCCACAUGAUCCCCACCAGCAAUGGAUCAAAGUGGAUUCAUGGGGUCUUAAACUGAAGGACGAAGUUGGAUUCCCAGCCUUUGCCUUGGUGAAUAAGGCUACCAAACAGGCUCUCAAACAUGGAGAUCAAGAGUGGGACCAGAUAUACUUGGCAGAUUACAAUCACAAUAAGUUGGAUGAAUCGUUGCUGUGGACCCUAAGUGCAGAUGUUGGGAAUGGGUAUCAAUGCCUUAGGCCGGUAAACAACAUCCAUCUAAAUAUGGAUGCAAAACAAGCUGAUGGUGAAGGAGGAGGCAUCUAUGAUGGAAAUGAGCUCAUUCUCUUCAGCUGGAAGAAGCAAAGCAAUCAGAAAUGGAAGCUGCAGCCUUUUAACUAGAUAUAUAAAGGAGCAGCAGUUGCAGCAGCCUAGAACUGUAUUUUGCCAUAUGGACUGUUAAGCAUCAAAGGCCUAUGUUGUGAUGGAUGCUUAAGGCCUUGUGGGAUGUAAAUAAGGCAUGGUGUGUUAUGAUUGAUGUUGAACUUUGUUGAUACAUUUUUCAUUUAUGCAUCAGGUUUUUAUUUGGUUACUUGAAAAAUCAUGUUUAACAUUACAUUAAUAUAUAUAGUUAAAAUUUCGAGUAUUUUAUGAUA